AUGGCUCUUUCCACUGAGAUUGAUGACCUAGUUCAUUACCAAUUACAAGAGAGUUUAAGAGUCAUUGUGAUUGAUCAUGACAUCACUCGACUUCAUGCCAUCGCGAAUAUGUGUAUUCAAUACAACUAUCAUGUUAUGACAUCCACUUUGGCUUCUUUUGCCCUGAAUCUUUUGAGACAAACAAAGGGUCCUUUUUUUGAUUUGAUAUUAAUUGAUGCUCAAAUGCCGGAUAUGGAUACAUAUGACUUUUUGGAACGUGUUACACAAGAAAUCAAAAUUCCGGUUAUUAUAAUGGGUGUUGAUAACACAACAAGUGAAAGGAUGAAUGGGGCUUGUGAUUAUUGGCUAAAACCUUUGGACCCGAAUGAUAUCAAAAGCAUGUGGCUACAUGUUACAAGAAUUUCACAUGAUCAAAUUCAAAGAGACUCGGAGGUGGUAAAAACCGGACAAAAACGAAAGAAGAGAGAUGAAGAAAGUGAAAAAAAGAUGAACCGAGUAUCAUGGAGGUCAUCACCAGAACUUGAAGAAAAAUUUAUAGGAGCUGUGAAUCAUCUUGGCAUUGACAAGGCAACACCAAAACAAAUUAUUGAGUUGAUGGAUGUUCGGGGUUUGGAAACCUCGCAGGUUGCUAGCCACUUGCAAAAAUUUCGACUUCGUCGUUUCAAUUGUUCAAGUAAAAAGGCAAAGCCAACAAGUGGAAGGGAAAAUUUAAAUGUUCCUCGUGAAAGCAUUCAAGUUGUUGAGUCAAUGGCAGAACAUGAUAAAAAAUCUGAUAACAACUUUCAUGCACAACAACAACAUCCGAUUCCGAUGGUGUUUGAUGAUUUUGAAGUUUCCAAUAUUUUGACUAACAAGACCAACAUGAUGCUAGAUGAUUCAUCAUCACUAUAUGAACAAGGAUGGUAUCCAUUCGAAGAUUUUGGUCCUUAUUUUGACUAA